AUGUCCCGCUCUGCCACAGACGCAACCCGAUUCACUGCCACCGCGCCCCAUGCCUACUCUAAACCUGGACCGUCGUUAAAAUGGCCCGGCGCAAAACUGAAGAAUGCCCAAAAUACGCCCUCGCCAGUGGGUGGCGGCAGCAGCAGCAGCAACAACAACGGUACCCACCAGGAGACUCCUAAGGAAAAAGUUGAGCGGCUUCGUGCAGAAGCCCGCGCGGCUAGGAUUGCCAAUUCGUCGUCGACAGUGGAUAGGGUAAUAUCACGGGGAAGAGUAUGGGUAGAUCGACUGCAUCGAAUCACUGUUUUUUCCCUUAUUGCUGCUUCUGGUGUUGCUGGCCUUCUCACUAUAUAUUCGGUCACAUCUUUGAUAUCCCAUAAUCGACGACAAAAAGCCCUUUGGAUUGACAGAGAAUUGCAACGGUUGUUAGAUGCUAGGAAGGCUUAUGUUGCCGGCAAUGCUACAGCUGAACAACUGGCGCUGCUUGAGAAUGAAAAGGCUGGUGAAGAAGAAAAAAGGAGAAAGGAAGAACUAAAACAACAAAAUCCUUAUUACAAAGCUAAAAACUGGCUAUUUGGGGGGUUGAAACGGGAUGAUGACAGUGCGAUGACCGAAUCAUUGGAACGGGGGCCGCCCAAGGUACUGAAGGCAAUCAAUGCCAAAGCGGCAGCAGAUGCCGCAGUUGCAAACCCUACUUCUCAAGAAGCCCCCGGGGACUCGGCUCUAAACGCCGUUCAAGAAUCAGCCAACGACUCGAAAAAAAGCUGGAAGAGCUGGAUAACAGGUCGAUAG